AUGUCUUCCCCAAACGCCGCCCCUCAGACUCACUCGCCGCUCCUUCUCCCGCGUCCCGAUGGCGCCUCAUCUCGUCUUCCCGUCCUUGCGCUCCUCCUCGGCCGCCGCGGCCACUCCACCGUGGUCCGAGAGACGGCGGCGCGUGAGCUCGAGGAGCGCCGCGCCGACUGGACCUACUCCAAGCCUGUGGUGGCGCUCGACAUGACGUGGAACAUGGCCUUCGUGGUGGUUUCGGCGGUGAUGGUCGCCUGCUCCGUCAAGGAGAAGCCCAACACGCCAAUCCGGUGGUGGAUCUGCGGCUACGCGCUGCAGUGCCUCGUCCACGUGGCGCUCGUGUGGCUCGAGUACAGGAGGAGGAGCGACGCUCCCAGCGACGAAGAAUCUGGUGGCCACCUCGAUUACGAAGACGUCAACGAGAGCGACGAGGACGAUGUUGGAACCUCCGGGAGUUCCCCUUCCACUGCAUUCACUAAACGAUGUGCAUCAUUGAAUACCAUGAUUUCGUUACUUUGGUGGAUGGUGGGCUUUUACUGGGUUGUCUCUGGUGGUGACAUUCUUCUGCAAGAUGCUCCGCAUUUAUACUGGUUGGCUGUUGUCUUUCUUGCAUUUGAUGUCUUCUUUGCUAUCUUUUGUGUUGUGUUGGCGUGCUUGAUUGGAAUCGCCCUCUGUUGUUGUUUACCCUGUAUUAUUGCUAUUCUCUAUGCUGUUGCAGGACAGGAGGGUGCAUCAGAAUCGGAUCUCAGUGCUCUUCAGAAAUACAGAUUUCAAAUGUUAAGCAAUGGGGAAACACCUAGUGAGGGAGGUGGAUCAAUGAUUCCUAUGGAGGAGACCAACAAUGGUUACUCAGUGAAUGAACGAAUACUUUCAACUGAGGAUGCAGAAUGCUGUAUAUGCAUCUCUUCUUAUGAGGAUGGAGCGGAACUUAAUGUUCUUCCAUGUAACCAUCAUUUCCAUUCUACAUGCAUAGUGAAAUGGCUAAAGAUGAAUGCAACUUGUCCUCUUUGCAAGUUCAAUAUUUUGAAGGGAAAUGAACAGAUUAUAUCAAGACAUGAAAGAAUAGAACUUCUCCCAAUUUGCUCGGUUUAG